AUGCAUGGUAGUGCAAAUCAACAGCCGGCUUCGGUGGGGAAUGGAGGUGGGCUACCAGAGAGUGUGACGAUAGAGAUAGACGCGGUAGUGAACGGGAACGCAGAGGUGUUGCGCGGCAUCGAGCAUGAUUCUGGGCCAGGACCAGGAGAGCCAGACAGAGAAAUGGUCGAGGCAGCAAAGGCUGAGGCAGCAGAGAAGGCGAAAUCAAUGGCAGAGGAGUUUAGACAAAUAGAGGAGGUAACUCGACGUGUGCGGAAGGAGGAGGAACUGGCAAGGGCCGCAAACGAGAAGAAGAGGAUGGAGGAGGACCGACAGAGUGCAGAGCAUGUGAAGAGGGCCAGGGCUGAUGGUGAGGCGACGGUACGCAUGGAGGCGGAGACGCAUCGACCUCACGAGGUGGCAGAAAGAGCCAAAGCCGCAGAGGAGCGAAAAAGAGCGGAGGAGGAACGGCGGGGGGUUGAGGACGCAGAGAGGGCCAGGUUGGAGGCAGAGGCGAACAAACGUAAAGAGGGGGAGGCGCAUCGUACAACUGAGGGAACCGGAGUGGCAGCGCUGGCAGCAGAGAAACAAACACGGGCGCUGGAGGGAGGUGCGAGAUUACGGGCCGAGGAGGAGGCGCGGCGUCAACUAGCAGCAGAAAGAGCAAAUGCCGCAGAGGAGCGGAAGAGAGCAGCGGAGGAAAUGCUGAGAACGCAGGCCGCAGAGAGAGCUAGGGUCGAGGCAUCGGCAAAAUUGCGGAAAGAGGAUGAGGCAGCGCGUCUGAGAGAGGAAGCAGAUAAGGCGACCACUGCAGAUAGAUUAAGGCUGGAGGCGGCGGUGAUGGUUCGCUUAGAGGAGGGCAAAAGAGAAGAGCUGGAACGGCAGAGGGCAGAGGCUGCAGAUAGGGUGAGGACGGAAGCAGCUGAAAUGGUUCGUAGAGAGGAAGAGGAGCGGCGUGCAAGAGAGGAUGCAGAUAAGGCAAAGGUUGUAGAGGGACGCAGGAGAGCGGAAGAGGAACGACAGAGGGAAGAGGCUGAGGAGAGGGUCAGGACGGAGGCAGCAGCGAUCGUUCGCAGAGAGGAAGAGGCGCUGCGUGCUAGAGAGGCGGCAGAGCGGGCGAGGGUUGCAGAGGAGCUCGUGAGAGAGAGGCAGACACGUCAGAGGGCAGAGGCUACAGAUAGGGUGAGGGCGGAAGCAGCUGAAAUGGUUCGUAGAGAGGAAGAGGAGUGGCGUGCAAGAGAGGAUGCAGAUAAGGCAAAGGUUGUAGAGGAACGCAGGAGAGCGGAAGAGGAACGACAGAGGGAAGAGGCUGAGGAGAGGGUCAGGACGGAGGCAGCAGCGAUCGUUUGUAGAGAGGAAGAGGCGCUGCGUGCUAGAGAGUCGGCAGAGAGGGCGAGGGCCGCAGAGGAGCGCAUGAGAGAGGAGCAGGAACGUCAAAGGACCGAGGCUACAGAUAGGGUGAGGGUGGACGCAGAAGCAAUGAUUCGUAGAGAGGAAGAGGAUAGGCGGGCAAGAGAGGAGGCAGAUAAGGCGAAGGUCGUAGAGGAGCAAAGGAGAGCGGAACAUGAACGGCAGAGUGAAGAGGCUGAGGAGAGGGUCAGGACAAAGGCAGCAUCGAUCGUGAGCAGAGAGGAAGAGGCGCUGCGUGCUAGAGAGUCGGCAGAGAGGGCGAGGGCCGCAGAGGCGCGCAUGAGAGAGGAGCAUGAACGUCAGAGGGCAGAGGCUGCAGAUAGGGUGAGGGCGGACGCCGUUGCAAUGAUUCGUGGAGAGGAAGAGGAGCGGCGUGCAAGAGAGGAGGCAGAUAAGGCGAUGGCCGUAGAGGAGCGAAGGAGGGCUGCAGCGGCAGAGCGGAUGAGGGACGAGGCAGACUUGUUAUCUCGCAGAGAGGAGGAAGAGCGGCGUAGACAACUGGUAGAGAGGGUCAUGAGCGAGGCAGAGGCGAUUAUACGUAGAGAGGAGGAGGAUCUGCGGAGGUUUGAGUUUAGGCUUGAGUCCGAGGCGUUACUACCCAGCGCGGAGGAAACGCGCAUUGCCACGACGGCGGCUCACCGAACGACAGAGGACCCUCGGCAGAAUGCAGAUGUUGAUAUGGGGGUAGAGAGUGUUACAACAUCGACAGAGCAUGGGAGAGUGGGCGGGGAACAAGGAAGAACUCAAGGGGAUGAGAUGAGGGCUGCUGAGCUUGAGGAGAUGCGCCACAGAUGGGUGGAUGAACUGGAGUCUCGCCAACGACGCGAGGAGGCAGCGAGGAGGAGAGCUGCCGAAGAGCGGGAGCGUAUAGAACAUGAACAGGAGUUGGCAGAAGUUGUCCAGCGGCUUAGGGCGCAACGAGAACGGUGUAGAGCGGAGGGGGAGCGGGAAAGACUACACGCUGCAGAGAUGGCGAGGGUAGAGGCCGAGGCAUUGCGUCAGAUUCUGGCGGAGGACGCUCGGAGCGCACGGGAGGAGAAUGAACGGGAUAGUGCGGUUGAAGUGCAAAGAGCAAACGCGGAGACAGAAACUGCAGGGAAUGGGGGAAACGCAUCUCGAGCGUCCCAGGCUUUGGAUGAUGCGACAGUACGGGCAAUCGCCGAGGAUGAGCGAAGGUUGGCAGACGCUGAACGGGAGCGUGAGGCAUCUGCAACGAGAGCGAUGCAAGAGGUUGAGCACAUGCGCCGUAGGUGGGACGAGCAGGGUGUCACGCGAAGAGCAAGAUUGCAAACAAAGAGGAUGCGGGUUGAGCGGGAAGAGAGGAUGGCGGAGGCGGUGGCAGGUGAUGAAGUGGCGAGGGCUACGCGUGAUGCGAGUGAUCAGUUUCGAAACGCCGGCCGCGAUAGUGCUAUGACGCAGAGAGAACGAGAGUGGGGGGAAGCCGGGAACUUCGUACGGCAGAACGUCAUGCAAGGAGAGGCCAUAUUAGAGGAGACUGAUGAAGGGUUUGUGGAGGCAGGAACAACCGGAGUUGGUGGAGGUGUGGCCGGAGUGACAGAAGUCCUAAGACGUCUAACGUUCGUCUCGCAGGCCGUGGCCAGCAGCUCCGCACAACAGAAUGCUAGGAUUAGUGGCAACCUCCGUCAGCUCCAAUCUGCAUGUACGCGCAUUGCCCGGUGGACAGAGGACUACAACGAAGACGCUGAAAACAUGUUGCGGGAGUACAGAGAGGCUAAGGCGAUAGCAAUCAUCGAACGUCAGAGGGCAGCGCAGACACGCACGGAAAUCAACACUUCUAUACAGGGGCUCCAUCGCAGAGUAGCCGAAUCAGUUCAACGCGCAGUGGCACGGGAGUACGUGACGUUGUUGAGCUCGUUGAAGGAGCAUGUGAAAGAGGGGGUAGAUGCGGCAAUAGGUCGGGCGGCGCUGGAGGGAAGACUUAGGGUGGUUCUACCCAACGACUACAUGGACACGAUGAAAAAGGCUAUUAUCGCCAACGUCCAGGAAACACUUGCGGGGGUCAAGUCUGCGAUGGAUGAGAAUUGCCGGAGGCUUGAGACUAUGAAAGUCGACAUACUGGCAGCGGUGGAUGAAGAGCUGUCUGGGAGGAUACAGGUCGGCCAAGUUCCGGUCCAACAACCCAACCCACCGUCUGCCCCGCACUUCUCCCAACCUUUCGCGUGUGACAACUCCCCAGAUGCAGCGCUCGCGGCAGCCGCGAACAUGGUCGAGAGAUGGGGGUUUGCAGGCCAACAGGAGAUGUUGGAGUCGGAAAGACGUACAGAGACAGGAGGGGAACACACCAGCAUUGAAAGGGAGGCGCAGAUGGGACGUGGCAAACCCACGGCGGUGACCAGCGUGGGGCGGGCUGACAAGGAUGGAGAAAAAGCGAAUGAACAGUGUGCUAGUGAGGCUGCGGAGCAACAGCGGCGCAUGGAGGAAGCAGAGCGGCAGAGAGCGCUCGAGGAGGAGCAGCGUGCUGCUAGAGAGGCGGAAGAGGCGAGGCUAAGAGUCGAACAGGAACGGGUAGCGGCGCAGAGGCGCGCGGCGAGGGCGGCAGCACUUUCGAUGGCAGAGUCAAGGCGCAAGCGCCUUGAGGAGGAUGCUGCACGGGAGAGGGCAGAAGCGGAAAGACGGCAUAGGGAAAUGGAGAUUGAGCGAAAGCGACUUGAGGACGAGCUAGAGCGUUUGGCAAAGGAGGACGAGCAAGAGAUCACGGCAGAGGAACUGCUGCAAAGCUAUCACGUGGCAGAUCUCGGUGUUCUGCAAGUGGGCGACGCAGAUGUAGAGAGAGCCGAUGAUGAUUCGCACGAGCAGCCAGUUCCUGAGGCGGACGACGAGGGGAAGAGACAUGGAGUGUAUCGGCCGUUCAAGGCGCCGGGAUUGUUCAAGAGAAACAAAAACGAUCCUGAGAAGAUGCGGUACACAUCUGAGCAGACACUAGGGGGCAAGAAGCGGAACAUGGGGUCACAUAAGGAGGCGUGGAGUAGAAACUUCACCGUCUGUGUCUGCUGGCUGGCGUACUUCCCGGAUUGCAACUUGUCGUCUUACGGGAUCCCCGCCACAGAUAUUGAAAGGUGGCGCGAUGAACUCCAAUAUGCGGUAUCUCUGCCGACUGGCAUGUGGAGUGUCAUCAACGAGCUGUCGCUGGACAGAUAUGCCAAGUGA